GAAAUGACAAUGAGACGCACAAGCAAGCGGAACAAGUUACGCUGUUGUCGCAAAUAUAUACUGCUGUUGUAGAGGCUGUGCUUGCUGGCAUUGAGUGCUAUGCUAAAACUUCCACUGAAUCCAAGGCAAAGGAGGCAGCAGAGCAGACGCUCAUGUCUGUGUUAGAUACCCUUCACUCAACACAACUUAAAACUGCAUUACGCUCCAAAAUCGCUUUUCAAAUUCAGGCUGUGAAUAAUCAUGGAAGAAUUACUCCACUAGAUAAUGAGGAUAGCCUGAGUUUGAUUAAAACGGCCUCUAUGAUGGUAUUUGACAUUCCAGACUUGCUCACGGGAAGAGGAUGCUUGGGAUCUGUUGUCUUUUCAGAGUCCUUUCUAACAUCACAGAUACAAGUGAAAGAAAAAGAUGGCAGCAUUAAUUCAGAAACCAGCCACAUAAUACUGACUGCGGCUAUCCCAAGAUACGCUUCUUGGCUGGUUGAAGAUAGUGAUGUGAAACUGUCUGAAAAGGCACAGCACCUAUUGAAGGAGGACAAAUCUUUUCUGGGCACUUUACUCACUGGAGGCGACGGAGCGUAUAUUUAUUCUAGCAAUCCCCAGGCCAUGCCUGCAGAAGGCAAGUUGUACUUCUUCUCAGAUGGCAUUCUCUUUUCUGAUCCCCACCAUGGCAGCAUUUCCAUUUCAAAGAACCAUAUGAGUUCCAUUUCUCUCUAUGAUGGCGAUUCAACCAGUAUUGUUGCUGCUCUCUUCAUAGACAUCAAAAGUUCCUUGCUUGCCCAUCUACCAAUUGAAUUCCAUACCCGAGACAACUUCUUGAUGAUUGCACUUUUCCCCAAAACAAAGAUUUAUAAAGCUUUUUAUUCGCAGGUUUUCUCUUCAUGGAAAAAACAGACAAACUCAGGAUUAUCUUUAAGGGUUGUCCAGGAAGAGUUCCUGUCUGUGGAACAAAAGAGACUGCAUUCCAGUGUUCAGAAGCUAUUUAAUGCCCUGUCUUUUCCUUCUGGGGAAAGAUGCAGAGAGCUGAAAAUAUCUGCUGCCCUUCCAGAAUUAGAGAGGUUUGUGCAGCAUUUUACAGUCAGCAGCGUCAGUCAUGAGCCAAUAAUGAGAGCACAUCUUCCUGUUUUAUUGCAACAGUCAGAAGUCAUUCCUGAUUGCAAAGCAGAAAGUGAUAAGGUGGUUAUCACCGUGAUAACUGGUCUGCCGGGAUGUCGUUGCAGCGAUCUCUGCGCUUUCCUGGUGACUUUUAACAAGGAGCACGGCAGGUGGAUAGUUUAUCGACAAACUAUGGAUAGUCCUGAAUGUUUCAGUGCAACCCACUUCCAGCGUUACCUCUCCAGUGUCCUGGAGGCUCAGCAAAACCACGGCGUCCGUCAGUCCGCUUAUGCUAAAAAGAAGAAGCGUCUCUUAGUGGUCCUGCAAGGAUAUACUGACGUUAUUGAUGUGGUACAGGCUCUGCAAACCCAUCCUGACCCAGACGUGAGGUCAACUUUCAUCAUUGGGGCAGUUAAUACUUGUGUAGAGCCGCUGAGCUGCUAUAUGGAACACAGGCUUCUUUUCCCCAAGUUCUUGGACCAGUGCUCACAAGGACUAGUGAGUAACGUGGUUUUCACAAGUCAUGCGACAGAGCAGAGGCAUCCGCUCCUUAUGCACCUGCAGGGCCUCAUCCGAGCGGCCAACCCUGCUGUGGCGUUCAUCCUGGCGGAGCACGGAGUCGUGACGAGGAAUGAGGACAUUGAGUUAAUUCUCUCAGAAAGCAGUUUUUCAAAUCCUCAGAUGAUGAGAGCUCGGUAUUUAAUGUAUCCUGGCUGGUACGAAGGCAAAUACGGAGCUGGGUCUGUCUUCCCUCCGAUGGUUCAGAUCUGCGUGUGGUUCAGUCGUCCUCUAGAAAAAACACGAUUUGUGACCAAAUGUAAAGCGAUUAAGUCAUUGCUCAAGCCAAGUCCUUUUUCUGGAAACAUUUAUCACAUCAUGGGCAAAGUUAAGUUUUCAGAUUCUGAUAAAGUGAUUGAAGUCUGUCACAACACCUCAUCUAAUUCACUAAGCCUUGUGCCUGUUCAGGAGGGGCCAACUCCUCCCGAUUCAAGGAGCGAUAACAGGGAUUGCAGCAGUCAACAGGAGUGCUUCCUUGUGUUCAUUGGCUGCUCUCUUAAGGAAGAGGAUAUAAAAGACUGGCUCAGAGAAACUGCAAAACAGAAACCUCAGAGGAAAGCCCUGAAAACCAGAGGAAUGCUAACCCUUCAGGAAAUAAAAAACAUUCAU